UGAAGGCAGUUUGUUUCUUUUUGUUUAGUUUACGGUAACCAUUUGGGAUCUAACACAUUUACUCACUGUCCUACGAAACGGCUGCCCGCCGAUUAAACCAACGAACUCACGAUGCCGUUUAACGACCUUUUAGCCGGAGAAAUCGUAACGGAACUUCUCCGACAGUUAAACACCAUCUCACGCAAAUCGUGCUUCUGCAAAUCUAGUGCGGACAAUCUUAUCACAAGCAUCGAAGAACUCCUUCCCAUCAUCGAAGAACUCAAGUACUCCGGCGUCGAACUCACCGCUUUCCGUCAGUCUCAACUCAAUCGCUUCUCCGAGACUUUACGUGGAGGCCUCGAGUUGGCCGGCAAAGUCCUCGAUUCCGGCCGGUGGAACGUCUACAAAAACCUCCAGCUGGUAAGGAAGAUGGAGAAGUUGGAGAAACAAAUUGAAAGGUUCAUUAGCGGGCCAAUGCAGGCUCAUUUGUUAGCCGACGUGCACCACUUGAGGUCCGAAACGAUGGAGCGGUUCGGCCGGUUGGAGCGGCGGUUCGAUGCGAUGAACGCUGGACCGGGAACAACGGGUCGACAGGGAAUGGAAGUCGAAGAAGAUUCUAAUUUGGGAACUUUUGGUGGAAUCGGUUUGGAAUUGGGGAAAAAUAAGGUGAAAAAGAUGUUGAUUGAAGGAGAUGAUUUAAGCGUUGUUGGAAUUUGGGGUAUUGGAGGAUCUGGGAAGACGACUCUGGCAAAUGAAAUUUGUAGAGAUAAUCAAGUUCGAAGUUAUUUCAACAACAAGAUUUUGUUUCUAACUGUAUCACAAUCAUCGGAUCUGGAGCAACUGAGGGCAAAUAUAUGGGGAUUUAUUACUGGAAACGAUUCCAUGUCUCAUUCUAAUAACAGUUUUGUUCCACCAGGGAAGCUACAGUUUGACUGGGGAAGUGGACCUGGAACUCUAGUUGUUCUGGAUGAUGUAUGGUCGUUGCCUGUACUCGAACAACUAAUUUUCAAGAUCCCAACAUAUACAACACUGGUAAUUUCAAGAUGCAGGUUCCCAAAAACAGUUGUUAAUGAAGUUUAUGAAGUUGAAUUGUUGAGGGAAGAUGAGUCUAUGUCCUUAUUUUGUCACUCUGCUUUCGGAAAUAGGUCGAUUCCUCCAACCUGCAAUGCGACUUUGGUCAAGCAGAUUGUUAAUGAAUGUAAAGGGCUUCCUUUGGCACUUAAAGUCAUUGGAGCUUCCUUGCAAGACCAACCUGAAAUGUACUGGAUAAAUGCAUGGAAAAGGUUAUCGCGAGGUGAACCGAUCUGCGAAACUCAUGAAAGCAAAUUGCACGAUCGAAUGGCAAUCAGUGUUGAGUGCUUGAAGAAGAAGGUCAGGGAAUGUUUCUUGGAUUUGGGAUCAUUUCCUGAAGAUAAGAAAAUCCCUCUUGACGCUCUUGUAAAUAUGUGGGUUGAAAUCCAUAACAUUGACGAGGAAGAAGCUUUUUCCAUUCUUACGGAGCUCUAUGAGAAAAACCAACUCACUCUGCUCAAAGAUGCUCGGGCUGGGGAUGCAUUCUGCAGUUACUAUGAAAUUUGUACUACUCAACAUGAUGUGUUGAGAGACCUUGCUAUUCAUCUAAGCAAUCAGGGAGAUGUGAAUGAUCGGAAGCGGUUACUUAUGCCUAGAAGAGAUACCGAACUUCCAAGAGAAUGGGAGAAAAACAAAGAUCAGCCAUUCAAUGCUCAGAUUGUUUCGGUUCAUACAGGAGAAAUGAGGGAGAUGGACUGGUUCCCCAUGGAGUUCCCUAAGGCUGAAGUACUCAUCCUCAAUUUUUUGGCGGAUGAAUACUUCUUGCCUCCUUUCAUAGAUAAUAUGCCCAAGCUUAGGGCAUUGACCAUUAUAAACCACGGUACAUCUGAAGCAACGCUUCAGAAUUUUUCAGUUUUUACUAAUCUGGUGAAUUUGCGGAGCUUAUGGCUUGAAAAGGUGACGGUUCCUCAAUUAUCCAACGCAACUGUUCCAUUGAGAAACUUGCGGAAACUAUCAAUGAUUCUCUGCAAGGUUAGCAACAGCCUUGAUCCAUCGGUGCUCAACCUGCCCCAGAUCUUCCCUAGUCUAUCGGAGCUCUUAAUUGAUCAUUGUGAUGAUCUGAUUAGGCUGCCCUUGAGCAUUUGUAAGGUGAAUUCAUUACAAAGUAUGAGCAUAACCAACUGCCACCGAUUAUGCGAAUUGCCUGCUGAUUUAGGUAUGCUGAAGAAACUUCAGAUACUUAGGCUCUACGCUAGUCCGGAACUCAAGAUGCUCCCUCCCGGCAUUGGCGAGCUAGUCUGGUUGAAGUACCUCGAUAUCUCACAAUGCAUAAACUUGAAAUGUCUACCUAGGGAAAUCAGUAGAUUAACAAGGUUGGAAAAGAUAGACAUGAGGGACUGUUCACAGAUCGUGAAUCUACCAACGCCGGCUGCUUUAUCGAACUUAAAGUCGCUACAGAGAGUGAUCUGCGAGGAAGAAAUUUUCGACGAGUGGAGAAAUCUUGAAAAGACGGUGCCGGACCUACAUGUUCAAGUUGCAGAAAAAUGGUAUAGUCUGGAAUGGCUUAAUGGUUGAAACAACAGUGGAUGUAUCUAUC